UGCCUCCUACGUUACAAAUGUUACCUUCGAAUGGACAAUCGACGACUAGGAAAGGUGGACCUGUCAGUUUCGAGUGCAGGGCUUCCGGGAAUCCAACGCCUGUAGUUCAAUGGUCGAAAAAGGAUGGAUUGUUGCCAUCUGGGAUGCAGGUGCAGACAGGAUACUUGCUCUCACUUUCGGACGUGCAGAGGCAGCACGGAGGGAUCUACGAGUGUACAGCGUCCAACGGAAUCGGGCAACCUGUAACCGGGACCAUAAAUCUACACGUCCUUUAUCCUCCGGAAGUGAACGUGCUGCGUUCGUGGGUGAACUCGGGUGAAGGAUUAGAGGCGAAGUUGGAUUGCGUGGUGCACGCGGACCCCCCGGCGGAGGUACUUUGGUAUCAAAACUCGUUCCUGCUUCAACCAACUGAUAGAAGACUGAUGAGCCAUCAAGGUCUGACCCAUUCGCUGAUGAUCCGCAAUCUGCAGCUCUCCGACUUCGGCAACUACAGUUGUUCAGUGGUGAACUCCAUCGGAAAGGAGAAGAAGUACAUCGAACUGUCAGGAAAACCGGGUCCACCGAGCAUCACGAGCGCCCAAUACUCGAACCCGCACGAUUACGACCUGACCUGGACCGUCCAGAGCGUCUUCCCCAUCCUGGAAGUGCGCAUCCUCUACAGAAUGAUGCAGAUCAACGCCUCGUACCAUCAUCCGGGUCAAUGGCACGACCUCCUGGUGCGACCCCAUCAGAUCUUCAACGCCGUCACCGGAGAGCGAAGACAGAGUUACCACCUGGUGAACUUGCAAGCGGAUUCCGUGUACGAGUGUCUAGUCCAAACCAAGAACCAGCACGGUUUCGGCGAAUUGAGCGAUCUGCACCAGUGGUUCACCUCGCAGAAGGGAAGACCUCUGGUGCGAUCAUCCUCCGCCUCCAAGAGCUGCCAUCCCUUAGCAACGAUCGCAGCUGCAAUGAUUAUCGUCAGCGUCGCCCUCUGUUGACACCCGAAGCCAAUAACUAAGAAUAAUUAAGACAAAGCGUAUUUUAUCUUGUUUCACGAUCUAGCACUAAUACUAUUUAAUACAUAUAUAUAUAACACAGUGGAAAAUCAACCCUUAAAAUUGGAAUUUUUGAUCAAUCUAUAAACGAAAUCAAAAUGAA